AUGCUUAACAGGGUGUGAGCAAUAUACAAGCGAAUUUUAAUCUGAUCUUUACUCGAUUUUGCUCAUUUGCAGUUGGUUAGCCCGAGAUAAUUUGUGAUAUAGUUGCUAGAAUUAAGUGUACGGAGUUUUUUUUUAAACUACAAUCCAAAUCACAUGAGAUUACAACCAUGACGAUAAAAGGGAUUAAUCGCGGGAUUGUCUCGGCCGGGAUACUAGGAAUACUCGUGUCGACGUAUGCGCUGUAUGUGGAAAUGGCGGCCGAGUCGCGACCGGGGUACAAGGCGCUCUGCGACAUCGCCGAACGCGCCAGCUGUUCGAAGGUCCUUACAUCCGAAUACUCGAAAGGUUUCGGUCUUGUGGCUAAAAACUCCGCUUUUGAGGUGCCGAACUGUGUAUAUGGGAUCGCCUUCUAUUGCAUUAUGAUUUUUUUGAGUACAUACGAUAAUCUAUAUGCAGUGCGGUUACAGGUCGUUCUCGGCAUUUCAUCACUUAUAAGUUGUGUUUAUUUAGCGUACCUAUUGAUUUUUGUUCUCGGAGACUUUUGUAUCGUUUGCGUUUCUACAUAUUUUGUGAACGCUGCCAUCACUUAUGUAUCCUUUAAAAAGCAUAGCGCUUUGAAAAGCAAAAUAGCAUAAGUUAGUGCUGCCAUCUGUGAACGUAAAUGAGAUUAUUUUGCGUAUUUUUUAACGCCAUCUAUUUUUUCGGACUUGUACUAAAAUAGUACAAUACUGUAACAUAGAUGGCAUCAUAAUCGUAAAUUGUGGUGUAGGCGAGUUCGAAAUUUUAUAUUUCAUUAUUUUAUGGCAAAGUGUAUUUUAUUUUAUUGAAUGUUGGGGUCGUUUUUAAUAUUGAUGGUUUUAAUUACUACGCUUUUCAUAUUUAAGAAAAUGAUUUCAUCGUUGAGAUUUAUAUUUUACUAGCUGUGCCUGCGACUUGAUUAAGUCAUUAAAAAAAAAAAUUGUAACCUGUAUGUUUUCGAGGAUUUAUAGCUAUUUAUAACAAAAAGAGUUUCAUCUACAAGUUUCAAAUCGUCCAGUAGGUUUUGUGUGAAACCUGGAAUACAUAGUUUUAUACAGAAUUGUUGAAUGUGAUAACACUAAUAUUCUACAAAGCAUUUAUUUUUUUUUAUAUUUUAUAUUGUUUACAUUUUACUCGUUAGUU